AUGGAAACUUAUUUGAUUGUUUUGAUAGCCUGUGGUGGUUUCUUUCUUGCCCUUGCUUUAUUAUUGGCAUGUUUGGAAGAGAAGAAGAAAACAGGCAGUGAUGGUUCUGUGCUAAAGCCCAACAACAACCAGAGAGACACGGCUGUAACAAGUAGCAAUGGUGACUUCGUGUUUUAUCCAGCUGCGGCAGCGUCUCUUCCUACUAUCUCUGGUUCUGGACCUUCUGGUCAUCAUCACGGCAGUCAUCAUCACGGUGGUGGUGGUGGUUGUGGCGGUGGAGGGCAUCAUGGUGGUGGUGGUGGAGGGGGAUGUGGUGGUGGUGGAGGGGGAUGUGGUGGCGGUGGAGGAGGAGGAGGAUGUGGUGGCGGGUGA